AUGAUUGAACACCGAGGCUUCAAUAUUUCACUCAAUAAUGAACCAAGCAAGCAGUCACUCAACGAUUCGAGUCGAGUUCGAUGUAUAGUUAUUGGUCUACGAAGAAGAUCCCUCAGUUCAGAUAAUUCGAAUCUGGAUGAGGUAAAACAAUGUCAAUUUCUCUCAUUGUGGUGGGGAGGGUUGACUCAACAUCAACUUCAUGAUAUGUGGCAGCUCAACAAAACUGCACAUAAUGCAAAGUCCUACACUUGGGUAGGCAAUCUGGACAUAAACGAUUUAUGGCCGAACACAUCGAGUGGUAUUCCGAUCAAAGGAAACGAAUAUCACAAAUCCUCAAACGACAAUAUGGUCAAGCACAGAACCUGUCGUACAUCAACAAAGUGGCAAACCAGAUCACUAGUAUUGGUUCCACUCAACUCAACCACAUCAAAUCGAUCAACUCAACCAACUAUUCAAUUUUGUGAGGCGGGAAUGUUGAUUAUUUAUCAACUUUCUCAAUCAAUUUGA